UGCAGACUGAACAACUGUGACCUCACACAGACGUGCUGUAAUAUUGUGGCCUCAGCUCUCCAGUCAUCAAACUCACCCCUGAGAGAUCUGGACCUCAGCUACAAUAACCUGGUAGAUUCAGGAGUGGAACUGCUCUGUGCUGGACUGAGGAGUUCAAACUGUAAACUACGGAGACUGGGACUGAACAACUGUGACCUCACACAGAAGUGCUGUGAUAUUGUGGCCUCGGCUCUCCAGUCAUCAAACUCACCCCUGAGAGAUCUGGACCUCAGCUACAAUAACCUGGGAGAUUCAGGAGUGAAGCUGCUCUGUGCUGGACUGAGGAGUCCAAACUGUAAACUGCAGAGACUGGGGCUGGGUUGGUGUAAUCUCACAGAGGGCUGCUGUAAUGUUCUGGCCUCAGUCCUGCGUUCUCCUUACUCAGAGAUGAGAGAUCUGGAGCUCAGAGACAACGAGCUGCAGGAUUCAGGAGUGAGAGCGCUCUCUGCUGGACUGGAGGACCCACACUGUAAACUGCAUAGAAUGGGGCUGUCAGGCUGUAGAGUCACACAGAGAGGCUGUGAUUCUCUGGCUUCAGCUCUAUGUUCAAACCCUUCACACCUGAGAGAGCUGGACCUGAGAUACAAUCACCCAGGAGACUCAGGAGUGAGAGCGCUGUCUGCUGCUAAACUGGACACACUCACACUGCUUGUGGACCAUGGAGGAGAGAACAGGACCAAACCAGGACCCAGGAAAUACGGCUGUCAGUUCACACUGGAUCCAAACACAGCGCACAGAGAGCUAUCUCUGUCUGAGGGGAACAGGAGGGCAACAUACACACCGGGGAGAGGGCAGCCAUAUCCUGAUCAUCCAGAGAGAUUUGAACCUCUGCGCCAGGUUGUGUGCAGAGAGAGUGUGUGUGAGCGCUGUUACUGGGAGGCUGAGUUCAGUGUGUAUGAGUGUGGAAGAUGGGUUGAUAUAGCAGUGACAUAUAAAGGAAUCAGCAGGAAAGGAGGGGGUAAUGACUGUAGGUUUGGAUGGAAUAAAAACUCCUGGAUUCUGGAGUGCCUUAAACCCAGAGACUCUGAUAAGUUCAGUGACACUGAUAAACUCAGAUUCUGUGCCAAUCACGAUAAGAACCCAACAGACAUACUUGCCCCCCCCUCCCCCUACCGCAGAGCAGGAGUGUGUGAUGAUGAUGCUGGUAGAGGAGAGUGUGUGUGCAGGGUAGGAGUGUGUGUGGACCGUCCGGCCGGCACUCUGUCCUUCUACAGCGUCUCUGACUCUGACACACUGACCCUCCUGCACAGAUUCCACACACACUUCACUCAACACACACCCCUCUGUGCUGGAUUUCAAGUGUGUGGGAUCUCCUCAGUGUCCCUCUGCUAACUGGAGUAGAGACACACACACUCACACACACACACACUCUCACACACACACAAACAUGCACGCACACACAAACAUGCACAUGCACACACACACGCAUACACACACACACAUGCGCAUACACACUCGCAUGCAUGCACGCUCAUGUACACACACACACACCACAUUCAUAUACCCACUCACACACAUACACACACGCAUACACACUCAGAUACACAUAGAAACACACACCCACACCUACACACACACAUCCACACACACAUGCUCUCACACACCCUUUCUCUCUCACACUCAUGCACACACACUCACAACUACACACACUGAUGUACACUCAUGCACACGCACUCACACACCCGCGCACGCACUCGUGCACACACACUCACACUCUUACACACAUAAACACAAACACUCAUAUACAUCUAGACCCUCACACACCCACACCUACACACACACACUUAUAUACACAUACACACACACUCAAUCACACACUCACACACAUAAACACAAACACUCAUAUACAUCUAGACCCUCACACACCCACACCUACACACACACACUUAUAUACACACACUCAUAUACACAUUCACACACAAACACACUCAAUCACAAACUCACAUAUAUAUAUAUAUAUAUAUAUACACACACGCUCACACCUACACAGACACGCACACACACACACAUAUAUACACACACACUCUCACACACACACACACAUGUAUACACACGCACUCAUAUACACACACACACUUAUAGACACACACACUAAUUUACACAAAUACACACACAUUCAAUCACACACUCACACACAUAUAAACGCAAACACUCAUAUACACCUAGACCAUCACACACCCACAACUACACACACACACACACACACACACAUUUACACACACACUCACAUACAAACACACACACUCAAUCACACACUCACAUAUAUAUAUACACACACUCAUAUGCACCUAGACCCACACACACAUGCACUCACACACCUACACACACUCUUGCACACUCAGUCACACACACACAAACACCCUCUCUCUCUCACAUACACUCCAUCACACACACACAUAUUCUCACACAGACCCUUUCUCUCUCAGUCAUGCGCACUGACGCACACCUACGCACGCACUCUCUCACACCCAGUCACUCACACACACCUCUGCACAGACACACACAAUCUCACACACACACACGCAUGCAAACAUACACACGCUCAUACCCGUAUUCACACACACACACACACACACACUUUCUCUCACUCACACAAACACAAACAUGUGUCAACACACACACAUUCUCAUUCCCAUACACACGCACACACAUACUCAUGCACUCACACAUGCACACACAUGCUUACACUUACAUGCGUGCACACACCAUAUACACAUGUAUACAUAAACAUGCUCAUACCCAUACCUACACAUACACACACACACACACACAUGUAUAAACACACACAUUCACAAAGGCACUCUCACGCACACGCACAUACACAUACAUACACUCAUUCUCUUGCACGCGCACACACUCAAAUACACAGUCUCACACACAUUCACACAAAUACAUGCACACACACUGUCUAUUACCCAUACACACACGCACGCGUGUGCAGACAUACUCAUGCACUCAAUAAUACUCACACAUGCACACACGCAUACAUGCGUGCACAUACACACACACAUUCUCUUACCCAUACACACACGCAACCCGGGCAUACGCAUACUCACGCACUCACACACGUUCACAUCAACAGUCACUCCCACAAACGUACGCAUGCAUGCACACAUUCACAAAUACACCCACACAAACACACUCUCACCCAGUCACACACACGUCGACACACUUGCAACCUUCCUUGACCAAUGCCUUACCACUUCAAUUUCAGCUGUGUCCAAUAUUAACCUCAGUACAGCUUAAACCCUGUACAUGAGAGUAUGAUCUUUUAGCAGGUUCAGGUUAAGCACUUGUUGUCUAAAUAUGAUUUUAUUUUUUUACAAUUUUCAAGGUGUGUUUAUGUACUUUUGAUUAUUAAAACAUUAAUAUAACAUUGAGAGUAAUAAUGCCAAAAGAUGGCAGAGUAAAAUGUUUUUGAAGUAAUAAUUCUGUCUCCUGUAUCUGCAUUUUUUUAAAAGAAGCCAGUGGCAAACUCCUCCACUUAAAUGUGCAUUUUUACCGUUGCUUUCAUUCAUUUUCACAAGAGUUCCAAUGUGCAAAUUUCUGUGGGCAAAUGCAGCUGAUGCAUCCCAUGAUAAUGCAGAAUGAUCACUGCAGUGUACUUAUUUCAUUUCAUUACUGUAAACAAUGAUGGAUUGAGUUUCCUUAUUUAUUCUGCUAGGAUUUAUUUAUUUUUUAUUUUUUGCUUUAAUUUUCUGUAUUUUCAGACAACAAUAUGCAAUGAUUAAACCUGAAUUAUAAAAAUAUCAAAUGUUUUGCUGUUGUGAUUUAUUAUUGUGUGAUGUAUUGAACUCUGUGACACAGUAGUACUGAUUUCAUAUUCUGUAUGGGAUUAUCUUUGGGCUCAAUAUGAGUAGAUCAGCAUGGGGCUAAAAUCUGCAGUUGAAGCAAUGACAUUCAUCUACAGUAGUGGAAAUAAAAUCCAUUAUAAGAAAA